AUGCUUAUCAGGCAGCCUGAACGUUCUGAAUAUAUGGGACAGAAGAGUGUUAUCCCAGUUAAAGGCUCCACCCCUAACUCUACAUCAAAGUUUACUAGGAUCCCGGGAAAAGACAAGCCUCUCCCUCAGGCUUUCUCUUUCCCGGGCUUGAGACAUGAGUCAAAAGGUGGCAAUUCUAGCUAUCCUAUGCCUCCGAAAGCAAAUACAGAGCAACCCGGGAGAGCCAACUCAGGAUCUCAAAAGACUUUGUCUCUAGAAAGCACAUCGCUCAAUUCAUCAGCGAUUAGAGGAAAAGGGCUUCCAACAUCUUCAACUAUAGCGCUAAAUUCGACAGAUGCGAGCUAUAAAAAGCCAGUGAUCUUUUCUAUCAAAACUCCGAUUCCUGCUAGUAAAUCUUUCAACACUAUCGUGCAAGAUGCAGGCAUCGAGGGUGGGACAAAACAUGGUUACCUCCCAACAAAAGUUUCAAUGACAAAAUCAGAAUCGUCAAUCAAAACAGUUACACAAAGCUCACAUACGGUAACCUCUGCAGCUCCUAAUAAGACAGCCCUUGUGGGUAGAUGUGAGCCCUCUACUCUUAACGAGGAUUUUGGUUCAGCCCUUAAGCUACUCGAGAGAAGUAGUCGCCAACAUAGCACAUCUCCCGGUUCGAUUACUUCAUCUAGCGAAGGAGCUCGCAUGAAAUACCGGGGAAGGACCUACGAGGAUCAAAGAUGGUCACGGAACUAUAGCCCCGAGCCCAAACGUCCUCGAGAGGUGCCAAGAAUCGUAAAUAUCGUUAAAAAUUCGAAAGGGGCCAUAUGUGUUGUCCCCGCAGAUGAUAUUGAUGCUAAACAAAUAAGACUUGAAAUGAGCUUGAAAUCUAGCACUAAUAGCACUCUUUCCUCGAAUCCGAUUGAUCUUAGCCCGUUUAUACCUAGUGCUAAUGAGAUAGAGAGGACCGACCAAGUUAUUAGGAAGAAUCCCUCACAUGAGAGUGUUUCGAAGAUCCCAAACUCGAAGCAGGCUGACAGAAAAACCUCAAUUCAUGAAAAUGGUCGCCAGAGACAAGACCCCGCUAGAAACCUCUCCAAAGGGCACCUCAAAACUCAAAGAUAUAUGAUUGAAGAAGCGAGAGAGAACGCUGAACGUCCCAAUAAGACUACAGCCCAAAAUAUUGGGACUGGGCGUUGCGUUCAUUCAUAUAUUCCAAGCCAAAAUUCCGGUGUCAAUUGCAUUCAUAAUUCGUACAUUUCGAACCUUUCUCCACAGCCGAGGGUGGAUGGUGAAAAUAAUCAGCAGAAGAGUAAUAUGCCCAAUCCUGGAAGGAAUGGUCAGAGAAUAGCUAAUACUGGAUUCGGAGACGUUACCAGCCCGAAAAGCAUCGUAAUUCCAGGCAUUGAAAGGAAUUAUAUGAAACCGCUGGUCAAUGACACGUCUCCUCAGCACUUGCACUCCUCCCUUGAUCAGCCUCCUCUUUCUGGAAGCUCAUGGGCGGCUUUCUCUGGACCACCUUCUCGGCGCCCUAAAGGACAAUCGUUUGAUAAUCGAAGGUUAGGACUAUCCAACCCGGCAUACCGGAGGAAUGAUAAAAGUUUCGAUUUCCUAAAGAAGGAGGAAGCCAUUCCGCAUCGAGCGAGUACCAGAACAUCUCUGACCUCUGUUGAGUCCAUUAACAAAGCCACCUUUCAUGAUGAGAUAUCCAAAACCAAUGGCGCAGGCGAAUCGACUAUGGACGAAUCACAGAUAUUUACUACCAACUACCGGAAAUCAAGUAGUCCCGUGUUGGUUGAUAUCACUGAAAUUGGAUCUGCUAGUAAUCCACGGGUUACGCCGAGUGGUUGCACUUGGUUCGGUGGCACCUCAAGAAUACUUGGACCCAUGGUUGGAUCACUUAUCCACACUGAUUCCCAGAAGGAGAAUUCCCGCAUUUGUAUCGAUAAAAAACAACACUCCCUUCAGUCCACCUCUAGUGGAACUGCCAGAUCUAAGUCUGGGCCACUUGAGAACUUUGUGGGCUGGCUUAGCAGGGGAUCACCAAAGUUUUCUCAUACUGAAAGUGGAGGUUUCCUCAAGUAUGCCACUAUCAGGAAGAAUAAAGAAAGAUCUUCGCCCGUAACACCCCACGGUGAAUUCUCCCAGGAUGAGGUUGUGAAUCUCAUGAAGCGCCUUUCAGCUCAGAUUCCUCAGACUCCUGACGGAAAAAAAGCCUUUAAUGGGCUAGGUGGAAGAUAUUACACCUCCAAUAUUCCUAGCCUCGAUGAGAGUCCUUCCAAGGACGAGAAGAAGAGAAAUCCCAUUGCUGUCUGCAUGGAUCUUAUCAACGCUGCGAGUAAUGAGCCUCAGAGUGCCCGACGUGAGAAACUGCUGCAGAUGAGCAGGGUUAUGGUGGAUGCUGUGAGCAAAAGUCGUGAUGCCGAGUGUGCUGCCGAGGAGGCGGAAAUGGCAGCGAAAAGGGCAGAGAGAGCAUUUUUGGAAACAAGGAAGCAUCUGGCACAGAUGACGGAACUGAUGAAGAACAAAAAACAGGAUAUCUAA